AAUGUUCUCUACUGAUUGAGAUUUUCGUGAUCACGAUGGUGAAGAGGAGGGAUUCGAGCAAGUAUAGCAGGGGCGGUGGCGGUGGCGGUAAUGACGCUGCUGGAAGGAGUUAUGGAGGUGGCGGAGGCGACGUCGGGAAGUUCUCCGUGUUCGAAUUCGCCGAUGCUGACUUGCGUGUCGAGAACGAAUCGCGCAAAAACCUUGCGAGGUUUGUGGUGAAAAGCCCUAGCAAGAAGUCCGCUCACCAUCGUCAAUCGGCGGACAAGUAUCGUCUCCUUGAAUGCUUUGCAAGUGGCACAGAGACUUCGCAAUAUCAUUGUCCUCAGGGUAAUAAUUGUUCUUGUGGAGCAAUUGCAAUAUCACCCGUCGAGGAAAGUAGGAACUCAGGAGGUCAUACAACUGUUCCGAAGCAUAAUAAGGUGCUUUAUGUAAAUUCUGAUGAAGAUGCAUGUAUGGAGUUGUCUAAUAUAGCUGAUGACACUGAAGGCACAACUAAAGAACAAUCUUCAUAUGAUGGGAAAUUCCCGAAGACAGAUGAUUGUGAACCAGUGGUUUCUGUGGAGCCCAAAUAUGUUAUAUAUAAAAAUCGGUGUUAUAAUGGACAGCGUUUGAUGUUUUCUCGAAACUGCAUCAGACUGGAGAGAUCACCCCAUUGUGAUCCUGGCGUACCGUGUUGUGUUGAAUGGUUUGACAUUGAUAUUUUGAAAAUUGAAUGUCAGCAGUGUGAAAGUGCUAGAGCUGAUGUUGUGAAGAUACUCAUGAGACUCAAGAACACGAGGGAUGCCGAAACUGGAUAUGAGGAUUUAGAUCUGCACUCGGAUCCCAGUUCUCUUCCACCAAAUGCACAUUAUGAAGAAUUUGAAUUUGAAGUUCUUAAGUCUCCCCACUGGUACAAAAAGCAAGAAGAAAUUAAAUCGUUGGAUCUGCAAUAUAAAUCUGCUUGGAGAACCAUUACGUGUGCAAGUGUUUUCGAUGAGUCCUUUGAAGGUCUAGUAUAUCCAGAAGGGGAUCCAGAUGCUGUUUUCAUAAGUAGAGAUGAUAUUUGGCUACUACAACCAAAAACCUUCAUCAAUGAUACUUUAAUUGAUUUUUACAUGAAAUAUCUUCUGACAAAAAUCAAACAAGAGGAGUCGCAUAGAUUCUAUUUUUUCAACACAUUUUUCUUUCAAAAGCUAGUGGAUAUAGGUCAAGAUACAUCUGGACCUUGGGAUGGGGGAAAGGCUUUUCAACGUGUUCGUAAAUGGACAAGGCAUGUGAACCUUUUUGAAAAAGAUCACAUAUUUAUACCUAUAAACUACAGCCUUCAUUGGAGUCUGAUUGUUAUCUGCCAUCCUGGGGAAGUUGCUAAUUCAAGAGAAAUUGGUACGAACAACUCAUCCAAGAUACCUUGCAUUAUACACAUGGAUUCUAUCAGAGGAAGCCAUAGAGGGCUCGAGAAUGUUAUCCAAAGAUAUCUGUGGGAAGAAUGGAAAAAGCAAUGGAAUAAGCAGGGCAAUCAGAUUGCAUGGAAGUUUAGGAACAUGAAGUUUUUUCAACCUCAGCUGCCGCAGCAAGAAAAUUUGACUGAUUGUGGUCUUUUCUUGCUUCACUAUGCCGAACUAUUUCUGGGGAAUGUUACAAGCACGAGAACACCUACAUUUGAUUUUCUUCACAAGGACUGGUUCCAUCCCGACGAGGUUUCUCUGAAAAAACGUGAUCAAAUUAGGAAUCUAAUUUACAGAAUAGCUGAAAGAAAAUCCUUCAAACAACCUCAAGCCUCUUGUGAUGACAAAUAUCUUCGCACCACUCCAAAUAAGGGAGACGGCAGUGCAAAAUCCACCCGGGAAAGUGGUCUGAAAGAAUCCCGACUUGGUGUCAAGGUUCACUCAGAGGAUGAUUUUCAUGAAUUCAAGGUGUCGAGUGAUGAAAGAUGUCAACCUCAUAAUCAGUCGGUGCCAAUUAAUGAAUUCAGCAACAUGCGCUUCCCUACAAAGGAGGAAGGACGUAAGAGAUGGGACAAAUCUCCACGACACGACAAGACCAUAUUAGAAACCCGAAAGCAUGAUGAAGGAAGAACACCUCUCACCCGGAAAUCUAGUAGUCUCUUGACUGGAUCUCCCGAAACUUCUUGUUGUUUCCAUCUUCCAAAGCUGAGGUGUGCUCAUAACGAUGAGGAGAAACCCAUCCGCAAAGUUGCUGAAACGGAGAAAAAAAGGUAUGAAAUCUGCUUGUCAUCUUCGAGCAACAAGGAGGAGGAUCUCAUUGUAGAAGACUCCGAAGAUGAAAAUAGGACAGAUAUCAAAGCAAAAGCAGCAGUAGGAAAGCUACGACAUCUCAGCACGCGGAGAAGAAGUCGUCGCUGAGCUACUUUUAUCGUAAUUCAAUAUUACGAUCAUGAAGACUCGGAAUCGACGUACAGAAACGGAGCCGGAAACGAGAGGCUGCAAUUUUUAUUUUUAUUUUUUUUUUUUUGUGGUAAGAAGGAACUACUUGUAUUUGUACCGUGUGCUGUAUAACUGAAUUUUCACAACUAUGCAGUAUAGCCUCAUGGAUUUGCCUAAGCAUAUAUAUAUAUAUAUAUAAUUGGAUGUUACUUUCAGCCCAUAUGAUAUAACUUGUCUUUCUAGGAUUCUAUCCAACAUCGGUAUCUUUUUCUA